CAUGCUGCUUCUCGUAGCAUGAAUCUCGGUCGAGCUUUUCGUUGCUUUUAUCGUGACGCAGCAUUCGUUACUCACACCUGAUUUUUCAAUUCCAUUAUAUCAGUGAGAAAUCAAAGAACUAGAACAGUGAUUCUCCGACACCAGAAUAGUUUUGAGAAAGAAACAAUACGUCGUCGAUAAUUAGUAGUCGGCCUGCAACUUGAUAUGCAUUAGCAUCGCACAACAACGGAAAACCGCGACACCAAUGACAAUGCUAGACUCAGAACAACGGCAGUGAAAGAUGGUGGACAAGGAAGAGUUGAGUAUAACGAAGGCUAAGGCCCCACCACCGCUGAAUCUCAACGAGGCGAUCGAAGACGAAGUACUGAACCAAAAGACUGCUAGAAUCCUUAAGAAUGAUCUUCUUCUACAUGAGGCUGUGAUAAAAAACGAAGCGGACACCGUUCGUAAAGUACUUAAGGAGACUGUUGACGUAGAUUCCAGAAAUAACUAUGGUCGCGCUCCGAUUCAUUGGGCAGCAUCUAGAGGAAAUACGGAAAUUAUCGAAAUGUUGAUGCUAGCCAAAUGCGAUAUCGAAGCGAGAGACAAGUAUGGAAUGCGCCCUUUACAUAUGGCUGCUCAGCACGGGCACCGAGACGCGGUGAAGAUGUUGAUCAAUGCUGGAGCAAAUGUAUCCGCGGUUAACAAGAAACAAUAUACCCUCUUAAUGUGUGGUGCUCGCGGCAGCAAUGUAAGCGUGGUGGAGUAUCUCGCGGAAGCUGUGGAAUCAUUAAACGGUGAGGCCACCGAUUCCACCGGUGCGACUGCACUUCAUCAUGCAGCCAUUUCCGGACAUCCUGCAGUGAUAACGGCAGUCGCUAAUAUCCCACAAAUCAUACUCGAUGCCACGGAUAAGAAAGGACAGACCCCGAUGCAUUAUGCCUGCGCUGAGGAGCACUUGGAAGCGGUCGAAGUUCUUAUAGGAUUAGGCGUGAAUGUAGAUGCCCAGGAUAAUGAUGGAAAUACUCCACUUCAUGUAGCCACCAGAACGAGACACACCGGAAUAGCACAAUUAUUAUUAAAAGCUGGAGCAAAUACCGAGCUAACCGAUGCGGAGGGUUUCACACCCCUUCACGUCGCCGCGAGUCAAGGAUGCAAAGGAAUACUCGAUUCCAUGAUUCAGCAUGGAGCUGAUCUUAACAAGCAGUGCAAGGAAAUCUCGAAUUCCGACAAAGAGGUUCGAGAAUUGACUCCAGCGCGGAGGCGAUGGAGAGAAGGAUCAUGCGGUGGCAGCAUCUCCAGCAACAACGGACGUCUCUCCGAACAAGUUCGAUCUAUUCUCUGGAAGUUGGCCUAUAAACAAUUAGCACCUGGCGAUUGGAAAAAAUUAGCUCUUCAUUGGGCCUUCACUCCUGAACAGAUCAAAGCUAUCGAGCAUCAAUAUACAGAGCAGCUUUAUAAAAAGGACGAUAAAGCUCCAAUUGUAGGUUCUUCGAGUUACAAAGAGCACGGAUUUCGAAUGUUAAUGAUUUGGACUUCCGGAUUAAAUCCCGAUGUACAAUUAGUAAAAGAGCUUUGUGAUGCUUUGUCAGCGGUGGAUAAGAAAACAAUUGCUGAUUCUAUUCGUAAGCAAAUGGAACAGGGAAAUGGCAGCAAGGCAAAAUCGAAAGGGCAACGAUGUCAUAAAUGUUGCAUAGCAUGAAUCUACAAGUGCCAAUUCUGCUUGUAAUUCUGCACACAUAUGAAAAUAUAAUGAAUGGAUGUUAUAACUUAUGUAAUAACUGUUGCGCCGUUGGAAAUCUUCCAGAUUAUAGUAGAACUUGAAAUUGGCAAACAUAAUAAUUUAUGACAGAAAUGAAAACUCUUCAUACAAUAAAUAAUAUCUUUUAUACUAAUGAUAACGUUUCGUAAAUUCUUGAAAUAUAACAAUUAUUAAUUUUUGACGCAGGUAUAGUUGUCAUUAUAAGUUUAAAACAAUCAGAGUUUUCCUUGUAUUUAGAAUAUAAAAUAUAUAAUCAUAUAUUCGACUCGAUAAAAUUUAUAUGCCAAGUUUUUUAGCCAAAACUUAAGAUCGAGUCUAAUACAUUCAACAAAAAACGCAUCAUUAUAAUGAAUAAAAUUAAUCCGUCGGUGCUUCGAUAGAAAGUUACACACACAAAUCUGAAAAAAAUCCAAAAACAUAUAGAAACAAAUUUUCACAUGUAUAACAGAUUACUUUUUCAUAAAUUUUUGAACUAGGCAGAUUGCAUAAUCUAUCUUGCAUGAAGAAUUGAUUGAAGAUAAAGCUCGACUAGAAUAAAUCAUUCUACAAAGUAUUGUACUUCUCUGAAUUACUCUAUUGGGUUAAAUAUCAUUCACCUAUACAUAUAUAUGUGCAUAUGUGACAGUAAAAAACAUAACAGUAAAAAAUAUAUUGGAAACACGUACUACAUAUAAAUUAUAUAUAUAUACGAAAAAGAAUAUUUAAAAAGCCACAAGAUAUUUGAACAACUAUAUACGUAUGGAACCAAGCCGUCCUAAGCUAAUCCUAAUUUAGACGAUUAUUAUAAUUCCGUUUAUUCUUGCGUUUCUCUUAUAGAGAAACGCAGUAUACCUCCGUAACUUGUAGAAACAAAUUUAUAGUUAGUAUACAAAAGCCAUCGAAAAAGCGAUACAAUUGUAAAAUCAAAGUAACAAUCGAAUGUAGGAACUCUUCGGAAUAGAUAUAAUAAUGCAUAGAGUAAGUAAGUAUAAGAAUAAAUUUUGCAGGGCUUUUGAUGUGAUAAAAAGUUAUUAGAUUGUUAGAUUUCGAUAAAGAUAUUUAAAAGAUCUCGAUAGAGCAACUAUCACACGCACAUUUCUCGAAAGGGACAAUCUACAUAUCCGAAAUUUAUAAAUUAUCUAUAUUUAAUUAACUACGGGAAAUAACAUUACGUAUCUAGCUUUAUUAUGUAUCUCAAUAUUAAGUAAAUUAAAAAUUAGAAGAUUUUUUGAAUAAAAUCGAAUUUUCGUAGUAAUACAUUUUUAAGUAAGAGUGAAACAAAUUUUUUCUUUUUCUACUAUAUUAUAACUUUAUAAUUUUAUUUAUAAUACAAUAACUUUAUAAUUUUAGAACGUUAAAGAGUCAUAUCAUUAAUAAACGCAAUAUGAGAUCGAAAAUAAUUAAGUACGAAAAUACUUUCUCUGUACUUGUACCUGUAUUUAUGAUUUUUUAAUAAAAUUGUAACAUGUUAUUAACAAAGAAUAGCGAUAAUGGAUAAGAAAAGCGAUAAAAAUAAUGUAUAGAUAUAAUAUAUAGAUAGACAAAUACUUACCGCUUGAUAAAAAAAUCAUGGACUUCCGAAGCUACUUUCUGAAAAUACGAUUUUACAGCAAUGUACAUAUCUCAUCUUGAUGUAAUAAAUCAUUGUAUUCUGUG